UAGAAUGGGUUGCCUUGCACCACUUUGCCAGCUGAUGACGCUUUUAUUGGCGCAUUGCGCAUACGCACAGUUGUACCAAGGAAUGCCAAAUGGGCAGCACUUCUACCAGGCGCUCAUGCUCUAUAAUCCGGCGAGCGGGGAGCGGUUGAUGCCCCGACAGUAUCUGCCUGCACGCAUGGUCAGCAAUAAUUUAGUGGAGCUGCCAACAAUGGGCAUGCCCUGCUCUUGCCAGGAUUUUGCCUGCAAGUGUUGCCUGGGUCUCGGCUUUGGCAUGAUGAGAGACGGCCUCUGCGUUCUGGUCAAGUGCAGUCGACGGGACUUGAGCGUGGAUUUCGCUGUCGAGCUGAAUCAUCGCUCGGUGGCCAAUUUCGGCAUAUCGCCGCGCAAUCUACCCGACAUUUGUUCUCCCUUAGUCGUGCCGAUUUUUGUUUCCGCCUGCCUGCGGCUCUACAACAUUCACAUCAUCGAUCGCAGCUUGUACGUAUGCAUUUCCCUGGUAUUCAAGAUUGCUUUCCAGCCGCUGUUCGAGUACAAAUUGAAUUGCCUGCAACUGAGCUUCAUGGGCGUGGCAAUUGUGCCCGAACGAGAUUGGGAUGUGGACCAGAUGCAGCUGAGGACUCGCCAGCGCCAGAGAAUAGCCCAAGAUACGAAUGACAAGCUGGAAAUCAAUGCAGUAUAAGAUACAAACUAGCUGUGACUACAUCCAUUCUCCGCUCAUUCUGUUUAAUAUCAAAUCUAAGCAACAAAAAAGUGAAAUUUUUUUAAUUAAAAAAAAAGAAGCUAUUUAUUCAAAAAAAGCCGCACCAACAAAGUAACGACACAAAAACAGCGCUAUGAAAAUUGCGAAAAUUGCUAAUAAAA